GGUGCGACGGCUGGUUUGCGACGGCGGAGGUGGAGGGAGGAGGACGACGAGGAGGAGGCGGGCGGUGUAGGGCCUCCUAUGGAGGAGGCUAAGGAUCCCAGUGAUUCCGGUAUGGCGGGGCACGGCCCCGAAAACUGGCUGUCCGGUUGGGAGCGGCAGUGCCUGGAGGAGGAUGAGAGGCAGGAGCCCGCGCCUGACAGCGGCCCUGGAGGAAGCGAGGCCGAGGCCCAGAGACAGCGGCUUUGGCUGUGCUUCCAGAACUCGGCCACCGCCAUCGCCCAGCUCUACAAAGAUCGUGUAUAUGAACAGCAGCUGGGUAUUCAGAGCUUGUGGAAACCCUUCCAGGCAGCAGCCACUUCUGUGACUUGUCUCUAUAAAGAUGGGCUCGAAGCCUAUCGAGCGAGCUUGGAUCUGGGCACGCAGGCAGGCUAUCAGAGGAGAAACAAGGAAAUGCUGGCUUGGGUGAAGAAGAGGAGACACAUCAUCCACCGAGAAGACCUGCUCAGCUUCUUGUGCAGGAAGUCACCCCCGUCCAGGAACAGCAGACUGGCACCUCGGCUAAACAUUCCCUCCUCUGUGUUGGCACAGGAAGAUUCAAACAGGACUGCUGAGGGUGACCUGCAGGCAUUCACUGAUGCCAUUGCUGUGCAUGGCCUCAGUGGUGCUAUGGCGAAUGUCAGCGUGCGCUCAGCAGCACCCGGGUCCCCGACACAUGGCGGCAGUAACUCCGCUUCGGUGCGCAGGCGUGGCAGCCUGCAGGAUGUGGACUUAAACAGCUUUAUAGCUGAAGAGAUGGCUCACCAUCUGGACAGCUCAAGGAAGCGGGCUCCGGCCCAAUGCAGCGACGUCAUCACUGAAUCACCCAGUCACAAGCGAAGCCGAAUGCUAUGAAGAGGUGACAGAGCAACAUCCUGGACAGCUGGAGGUAAUCCUGCACUUCGGGCAGCCGGGCAGAUGAAGCAGGGAAUAGUAUGAACCAAAAAAAAACACGUGUAAACUUUUGGCCAAACAUUGGAGCAACUGUUUAUGAAAUAAAAACAUAUUGUGAUUACUUCAAUUUUGCCACAUACUUGUACUUGAAAAUGCAAUAUCAGAGUGGGUUUUUAAAGGGCAUUGACAGUUUUGAUCUAAGUAUUGCCUGCAUUCUGCAUUACACGGCUUAGUUAUGUAUUUUCAAUUUUCAUUUUGUAAUCUUUUUCUUUAGCACUUUAUUUAACAGUCAUUUUUGAUAAUUGUUUGUAAUGAACUGUCUCCCAGUUACUUGACCCUCUGGAUCUUGGUGCCUGUGCACUAGACUGUUUGCCUGCUUACUGACCUUAUUGUGAUUUAUUGGUCUGUUUUGCAUAUGGGAUAUUUGGUCCUUAAAUAUAAUGAGCGUUUUUCAAAGUUUUGUUAUGGUCAGUGACCCAGGACUUGUGGGGCACUUGCGACUGAUGGAACUUGAUCCCUCUCUAGUGUCCCCAUAUGUUCUGAAAUGGAAGGUUUAGAAAGUUAAGAUGCAACACCAGCUUGUCUCCAAACGCCGUUUGUUUACCUGUUCCCCACAGAAAAAUGAGACUAAACGUGCACGUACGCUUAUUUUUAACAAUGAUUUUGCAACACUGUCCACCAGCAUCUCUGUAGCAGGACAGCUGCAUUCUGCCUGCUAUUUCCACAGUUCCCCAGUAUCUUCAUUUAAACCACAUUAUGCUGAUCUUGCCCCAUUAAGACUAAACAAUUUGUUCACGGCCUUUAAGGUUACAGCACAUGACUGUUAAGGUCAUCUGACUGUAGUGUGAGAUUGUAUUUGCUGACCAUAAUAUUCUCCUCGCUUUGGGUCAAGUGAUUGUGAAAGGGUUUCUGAUGUUAAUCAUGCCUGUUUUGAAUUGUGCAAAACUUUGAAUUGUAAUGUUCUGGCUAAUCACAAUUAUGAAUCCAGUAAAUACUAAAGCAACAAA